AGAGGAACCGAGACGGACAGCAAGAAGCAAUGAGCGGUGGGGAAGCAAAGAGUCGACUGCGCGCUCACCCACGACCCACAGACACCCCGUGCAUACAGUCUGGCUGCCAGCAGCAGCAGCAACAACAUCUCGCCCGUCGUCGCGCACGACUAUUACGCAAUCAUAACAAUACAACGCGCCACGAUGCGCUAAUAUUUUUUUUCAUUUGCUGUCAGCUUUUUUUUUUUUUACAAACUAUUUUUCGACAUGUGCAAGUGCGAGUGAUUUACUUUGGAGUACGUUACGUAAAAGUUAUCAACAAAGAUAACACUUGACUUUUUUAAAACUCGUCAACGUCUAAGUCUACGUCUACGUCUACGACUAUAUCCACAUCUGUGCAGCGGGACGAUUGUUUGAAUUUGAAAUAGUAAUCGGGUGUUUUUUAAAAAAUAACUUGCAUAAGUAAACGCGUGGUAAUGACUCUCAAGGUUGCCGCUAACGGAAUUCGGGCGCCUUCGCAGAAAUGACGCAUGAGUGUAAACAAUCGUUGAGUGGCGCGAUUCUCUGCCGCUGACGUCACGUGCGAGCGAUCUCCGGGAUACCCACCCGCUCUCGACCUCUCUUUAUACUUUUAUUAUUAUUAAUAUCACUUUUUACACAUUUACUACUUUACAAAUAUAUAUACAACUACAUAUAUAUACAUAUAUAAAUUUAUCUCCAAUUAAAUUGUCAAGCAGAUGAUCCUGCGAAUUUACCACCAAGAUAAAUCGCUUGGAGUUCGUGGAAAUGUGAAGGGAAAAUAUUUGAAUUCUUCCGAGUUUCGAGUACUCAAGUGCAACUACAGUUAACUAUCUCUAAGUCAUAGAUAACAAUUACUCUUCCGGAAACCCAGGUAGCAAAGCAACAAGGGAUUAGGGAAAAUUAGUGUCCGGAAAAUGUAUACCUGGAAAACAAAAUAUUCAAUGAAAAAUAUAUUUUCAGACAAUUAAAAGGAAGUAACAAGUGUACAGAACAGAGUUUAGUGUAGGCCUCUAGCCUUGGUUUGAGUUGUUACUCGUUACUGUUACUACAACCACGACGACGACGGCUGUUUAAGUAAAAGUGUGCAAAGCAAUUAGGCGCCAGUGACGUCAAGGCUAGACACUCCAAGUCACAUGAAAAGUGUUUAGUUCUGCUCCCAGUGCUAAAGUGUGCGGUUUGUAUGAAACCUUAUUUUUAUUUAAAGUAUACUCGGCUGCUGCUGGCCGCGUGCAUCAAAUUUAAUAUCGCGUGGGAGUUAAAUUAUUUUUGUAUUUUACUGUCAGUAAAAAAGCUGAGUUUUGUUUAAUCGAGUCGGGAUUCCUGAUAAAUUAUCAAGAAAAUCCGAAUCUGAGUCUGAGUUUGGGUCUAAAUCUGAUACCAAGAAUUGGAGUAACUGAGGUCUGGACCCCAACUGACCAUUUAACCCGCCAGUGUACACUAAGUGUGUACAGGCAAUGACUAACUGCGCGUCAAGUGUGUGGAUUGUAAAAGGUAUCGAGGCAACUCGGCAGCGCACACUCUCAUCAUCAUCAUCAUCAUCCUUGUCAACGUCGCCGUCAGUUUCAUUGCCACUUUAUUGCUGCAGCGAUAGUGGUAGUAGUGUUGUCUGUGAUUAUAAAAACCGUGGUGGUAUAAGUGGGAGCAAUUGUGGCCACCGGACUGCUGGUGGUGGACUACUGGUCUACACGAGGACGAGAUUUGCAUAGCAAACAGAUUGACAUAGCACUGGAGACUCAAGCAGUGGCAAUGACAGACCCCCAGUUAGCGAACAACACUAGUUGUAAUAACAAUAACAAAACAAACCCAAGUACAAAUAACAAUAACAAUAAUCAUAGCAACAAUAACAAUAACCACAACAACAACAACGAUGGAGAGCCAAAGUACUUGCAUAAAAAGUUUAAAAAGAUGGCGACUGUCGAGGUGUCGUCACCGCUGGAAAUCAAGAAAGAAUCAGCAAAAACUAUCGUGCAUCAGACUGAGUCCUCUGAGGUCACCCGACGAGGUCCAUCCAAUGACGUCACCAAAAACAUUAAUAAUAAUAAUAAUAAUAGUAGUAGUAGCAACAAAGAGUCUUCCAAGGCCAAGGAGUCUUCCGAGAGCGGCGGCGAGCCCGUCGAGACUAAAAAAACGGGAUACGUCUGUCCUUACUGCAAACUUUCUUGUUCGAAACCAAGUGUCCUGCAAAAGCACAUAAGAGCCCACACCAAUGAGCGGCCAUAUCCCUGUUUACUUUGCGGGUUUGCUUUUAAGACAAAGUCCAAUUUAUAUAAACACCGGAGGUCAAGAGCUCACAGCGCUAAGGCCGAGGGUACUGCCGAUCAAGCUGGGAAGGUAUCAGAAGAUUCGGACAUAAGUUUGUCGGACAGUGCAAGCAAUGGAACGGGAACGCCACCGCCUCCGCCUUCGUCGGUGGUAUCAUCUUCCAAUCAACUCGAACAUAACACGAAAACCGUUAAAACUGGCAAGAUAUACAAGCCAAAGUUUCAUACGGCUCUCGAGUCUGUAAAUAACGAGACAGGAAGUUUAUCUGUUUCAUCGGUUCCCGCUACCGCGACCUCAACUUCGUCCUCUUCGUUGCCCAAUGGAACUUCUCUGUCUCCAGUGACUACGUCAAUAAUAAAACCCAAUCCUGAACAAUUACAAGAGCAUAUUGACAAGAUAAUUACCGACAACCAGGCGAUUGUCGAAGCAGUAGACCCGCGGCUCCAUAAAUUAAUGCAUCGGCAGCAGCCGCAGGUGGCAAAAUCCGCCGAGCAGCCGCUCAAUUUGUCUUCCUCAACUGAAGAGACUCUGUCACUGUCUCGCAAGCGCUGCCACAGCGAGGGCUUCGUCCAGGACAAAAGUCUCAAGCCAGGAAAUCAACCAAUAAACCAGGGAUCGAUUAUCAAAGACUUGCUGUUGAAAAAUCGCGCCAGCGCUAAUGACGAUUUUGUGUGCACGACCUGCAAAAUAUCUUACACGAGUGCCGACAACCUCGAAGCACACAGACGUUACUAUUGCAAAGGAUCUUCGUCGUCGUCGUCGCUGUCGCCGUCGUCCUCGGCCUCGCCCUCGCCGAGUCCGAAGCGGGAGUUCCAGUUGGACUUAGAGAAGCGAGACGAACUGGAUAGCGGGAGUAAAUCAGCGGAGUAUUACACCAGCGUCAAACCUCUUCCUUCACCAGGUCCUCUAUUGGGCAACACACGGCUCGUCGACGCUUACGCUCCGCCAAUAAAAAAGCACAGACUCACUGACCUGAGUAUGCCUCCAACGAGUCUAAGAUCACUCGAGGAAUUAUCAAAGUACCCGCGGCCCAAUUCUCUGCAGAUGUUCGGCGGACAAGUAAGAAUACUAGACAAUACUGGGGAAACAAAGACAAUGAGGAUCGAACCCAGACAAACAAAUUCACCAACAACCGAUGAUAGUAUGAGUAAUCACAAUAGCGGUAAAUCAACCGGCGGAUCUUCAUCUGAAACCUCUUCAAUAGUCGUGCGGUCUAGUUUACACUCGGGUGGGACGAUGGUUCAUAAACCACCGGGUGGAAGCUGCUCCAGUGGUGGUAAUUCAGUGAGCAGCAGCACCACCACCAAUUGUUCAUUGUCGAAUUCCAUAUCGAUUGCGGCAAAUGCUCCUAAAAUGCUGGCACCAAUCAUACCAAACAUAUCAACCCCAAAUAUUGCACCGACAAUGACGUGCUACGGUAAUUAUUUAGAGCCACGAUUAAAUCCGCUGACGAUAACUGCCUACAAUCCGCUUACUCUUCCGCAGUCUGGUAUAACGAGCAUUUUACACGGUGGUAAAAUAAUCCCGUAUGUACCGGGAAUGCCGGGUCCUCAUACGCUAAUGGGUACGUCGGCUGACAUAUCACAGCCAUCACCGACCGACUACAAAAUAGUACCGGGUAUUCCUGGACUUGAAAUGAUACCCGGAUCCCAGCCACUGGACCUGGCGAGUUCUGCUAAAGGUUUGCCGCCUUAUGUACCUGGUAUUCCUGGACCGAUGAUACCAACUGAGCAUGACCAGAUGAAGCCUCUUACUUUCGGACCACUUGACCUGGCGAAAGACACCAAAGUCCUCGGAAGUUUCAAGCACCCGAACAAUGGAUCCGUGUUGUCGCCUAAAGUAAUAAAUCAAUCUGUAAAAUUCGAUGACAAAUAUCGCAGACUUUCUUCUUCAAAUCUUACAGAGCUUAAAAAUAAUAAUAAUCCUGAUUCGGAUACCGAUCGCCAUAUCCUCAAAAAUUCAAAGUACAAACUCGAGCCAAGUUCACGUAAAGACAAUUGUUGUUAUGACAACAAGAAUUUUAAAACUGACAAUAUUAAUAGUUACAGCAAUGGCACCUUUGAGAGAACUUCGCCGAAGCUGAAUGAGAGCCGCAAGCGGCCCGCGAGUUGGGGUGACGCAGACAACUCGAUGAUGAUGACAAAUGACAGAGUCAGUCCGUCAGUAAAAUACGACUCGCUGGAAAAUGGAAGGACUAAGAUGUCACCGGAAACAGUCACUGCUACUGUUGCUGCUACUGCUGGUAAUUUAUUUUUAAAUGGAUCUCGACCACGUGCUGAAAGUGUACCGCCGGUGAUAAUAAUGGACCUGGACACCGCGAGUAUCCAACAAGAGCAACGCAAGUCUUCGCCAGAGUUGAUAGUUAGUCUAGACAGCAGUAAGUCAUCAUCGUCAUCGGAAUUGACACAAGAGACGUCGACUAAAUUUCUCCGGCCCUCAUCUUUGCCGCUCAAACCCGGGACAUUUACACCAAAGAGACAUCACGGGAUAACACCGACUCUUAAUACACUACCGCUGAUAAGUCCGGAAACUCCGCGACCCAGGAAAUCUUAUGGUCAGUUGUAUCUAAACGGACACGCCUAUACAUAUCUUGGUCUCAAGUGCUCGACCCGGGCGUAUUACUGUACAGUAAAUCGACCCCAGCCGAUGUACGUUCUCCAGCGUCAGACUCUCUCGAUGUAUUCGAACUGGAAAAUAUUCAACCAACCUCCUCAGGACCUGGAGCUCGACCACUACGACUCGCGGAACCGCCCGUCGAAUUAUACCACCGCGGGUAAAAAACACGAGGCGAUUCUCACCCACUCCUCCCAGCGACCCGCGGCUCGGCUGAACUCUGACAGCUCGGGUGGCCAGGAGACAGACGGCAACAGCCAAAAGUUGACGAGGAGAAUAAAAAUAUUCGACGGUGGAUUCGAGAGCAACGAGGACUACACGUACGUGAGAGGGCGAGGGAGGGGCAGAUAUGUGUGCGAAGAAUGCGGAAUACGAUGCAAGAAACCGUCGAUGCUUAAAAAACAUAUCAGAACUCACACAGACGUCAGACCUUACACCUGUAAAUACUGUGCGUUUAGUUUUAAAACAAAGGGUAAUUUAACAAAACACAUGAAGUCGAAAGCGCACUACAAAAAGUGCCGGGAGCUUGGUAUUGACCCAGUGCCGACGACCGUUUGCGAUGAGAACAUCGACAAGGAAGCUAUCGCGAGACUGGUUGCGGGUGGGGGUGAAAAUCCCGAAGAGUCGUCAGACGAAGAGGAGGAGACGGACGCCGAUGAAAGUGAGGAGUCUGGGAGCGAAGAACAUGAGGCUGCUCAAAGUCUGCUGAGUUUGUCUCAGCUGAACCAAAGUCAAAGUAACAACAAAAAUAACACUGGCAGCAGCAGUAGAGUCCAACUGCCUCCGGGUCUGCUACCUGCCAGUCGACCUACGACUUACCCCUACACUUUAACAACUUUACUGUCAACGACAACUUCAACCACCACUACGACGACUGCAACCGCGAGUUUAUCAGCAUCUACUACCAGCACUUCAACAGCGACGGUUAUUCAAAGUGAAUCCUGUAAUCGAUACUACUUUCCGUCAAGCAGAUCCCUGCAAGAUAAUUCCCGGGACAGCGUAAUACGAUCCACCAAAGUAGAACAACAAGACACCUCCGAUGACGUACCACCAGAACACAGCGCUCCGGUAAACGGAGAGGGAAUUAUUGAGGACCAGACGACGCGUAAUAUCGGAGCUUCUCAGCCGAUGGAUCUGAGUACCACGAAAGUGACACCCGGGUUUGAUGGCUGCGUUGUAAAAAGAUCAUCGUCGGUGGACAUUCUCACGCCCGUGUCUGAGCCAAUUCUCAUGCAAACCAUUGUCCAGACUAUGGAAAGGCUUCCCCCGCAAGGCAGAGAAUGGAAACCCGACGCAGAGGGUCACAUGCUCCAAGCCUAUUUGACUGAAAGACACGUCAUGGACAGUAAGAUUAAGCAACAGUACCGGGUCGGAGGAGCUUCCAAGCAUGAAAACAACAAAAAACAAAUUGUUUUUUCGAAUAAACUAGAGAACUGCUUUGUCAGCAACUCACGUAACAGCAACUUGUUCUCAAACUCAACGCCUACGGUAACUUACACUGAUCCCAGUCGGAUGCAUCAUCAUCUUCAGCAGCAGCAAUUGAUUGUUGGGACCAAGAAAGAAGACCCAGUUAAGGUUGAAGUAAAAACCAGCGAGCGGAGGCCUUUUGAUAUCGAUUCACUUCACUAUCCUCUCACUAACCCGAGGGAUAAUCAGCAGCAGGACAUUCUGAGGCUGUCCGCGCGAGCUAAUCAAGACUAUUCUCCCUUGAUGCCGACUAGACUAAAUUACCCGCCGGAGAUUAACACCCGUGAGCUAAUUGCUCACGAGCAAAUUAAAAAUAACAGUGAGACCAGAGAAAAUGGUGUUGCUAGUCAUGAGAGACAAGACUUUACCCCGUCACCUGCCAGAGAACCGACAACACCAUCGAGGUACGAGAGACCUCCGAGCGCUGCUGCUGCUUUACCAGAGUUCAAGGUACCCUGCUCUGAGUUGAAGCCGAUUAUCAACCAGGACCGGGAACAAAUUGACACUAAACCGGGUAUUGAGUACAGGGUAGCGAUGGAACCAUCAAAGAUCCUGAUUCCCGAGGUUAAUUUGGCGAGACAGGGCCACGUGGUUGCCGACGCGCGAAAUAAUUCUGAUAGAGUUGCGGUUGAUGUCAAAAUAAAUAUUGACAGUUUGAAUAAACAGGCAGUUGGCGGGUGUGCUGUCAAUGUCGUCGACAGUAUCAAGCAGCAGCAGCACAACGUCGCCAGGAAAAUGGUCGUCGGGGGUCCAGGAUUCAGGUCUACGUCUCCAUCACGCGGAAACGGCAAACCCAUGGCUGAAUUUCUGCCACCGUCCAGUAUUGCGCCGAACUACGUGAGUAUAGGAGAAGACGGCCGCAGCACAUGCGGGAUUUGCAACAAAGUCUUCAACAAGCCAAGCCAACUAAAACUUCACAUCAACAUCCACUACUUCGAGCGGCCGUUCAGGUGCGAGAGUUGCGCGGUCUCGUUUCGCACAAAGGGCCACUUGACGAAACACGAACGAUCGGUUUCGCACCACAACAAGGUCAGCAUGACCUCGACAUUUGGCGCUGCAACGACGACCAAUCCGCGGCCAUUCAAGUGCACCGACUGUAAAAUAGCCUUCCGUAUACACGGACAUCUUGCCAAACAUUUGAGAAGCAAAAUGCACAUAAUGAAACUCGAGUGCAUUGGGAAAUUACCAUUUGGCACUUAUGCCGAAAUGGAAAGAUCGGGAGUUAAUUUAAAUGAUAUUGACACCACUGAUUGUGACAACAGUCUCGCUAGUCUUCAGAUGCUGGCUAAAAAAUUGUACGAUCAGGAUCCGAGUAAAAUAGGCCAGUGGGAUGCGGAAAUGAUACCAGCGUACCAUCAAGCAACGACGAGUGGAGGGGAAACUUCAUCUGAUGAAGGAGAACCCAUUCAUCCAUUACCGGCAACGACAGCCGCAACAACGACCUCAUCUCCGUCAUCAUUCACAACUUCACCGACUGUUGAUAUAUCAUCGGUGUCGCGAGCAUAUCAUCACUUGCCUAAUUUAGUUGUUAAUGACCAUAACAAUAAAUCACCCGUCGAAUCUCACGUGCCAAAUUCACGAUUUGACGAUAAUAACUUAUCUUCUUCCUCUUCGUCGUCUUCUUCUUCUUUGCCGUACAAGUGCCAAAUGUGCGCUGCGUCAUACAGGACCGGUGGUGAACUACAGGUCCACUGUUUUGUCGAGCACAAUGUUGACAAUAGAAAUCACGAUUCCGGUAAAGAAAACACUCAUAUUAAAAUAAGUAACGAGGAUACGAGUAAUGUACAUGAUAAAAAUGACGACACAUAGUGCCAAAUUUACGCUCACAAGCGGCCAUACGAAAUCUUUAUUUUUUAAAUUUUCAUUGCUGAUAUUUAUCACAACAAAUAUCUCUGCCGGUCGAUAAAUCACAGGAUCAUUAAUCGCUUAUUUAUAAUUUUAUUUAAAUCAAUUUGUAAUUAAUAGGGAUGUGGAAAUUCAAAAUAUUCGAUUCGAAUUUCCAACCGGAUAAUUUGAAUUUUUUUGGAAAGUUUUGAAUCAGAGAACUAACUCAAAAUUUAUUUUGAACAAAAUUAUGAUAUAGAAAAUAUAAAUCAGGCACGAAUUUAUGAGAUAGUUACUUUUGGUUACAGAAAAAAAUUAAAUGUGUGAAAGCUGAUCAAAGUUUUCGCAUAUGAUUCAAAAUUUUAAUAAAAUAAUUUGAAUUUUUGAAAAAUUUUCGGAGUAUGUAAGAAAUUGAUUUAUUUACAAAAUCGAAUCUGUCAAAAAUUGGUAAUUAUUUAUCACAUUGAGUUAAAAAUUCAAAGCAAAUAUUUGAAUUUAAAUUAAAAUUCAAAAAUUUACUUUAAUUAAAACUAAUUGUUGAAAAAAUUCAAAUUAAAUACUUGAAGGCUGAUCUAAAAUUUCACAUACGAUUCA